UUCUUCUUCCCUUUCCCCACAAUCUGGCGACCGGCGAGCGCCACCUUCCCGGCGGUGGCCACGUGAGGCCGGCGAGGGCGGGAGGAGGAGCCGCCAGGAAGGCAGCAAAAGCGAAGGAGGAGGAGAGAGAAGGGAGACAGGCAAGGAAGGAAGGAAGGGAAGCAGCAGAGGCAGCUGCUCAGCAAGCCAGCGAGUGAGCGAGCGAAUGAAUGCGGGGCUGCCUCUGAUCGCCAUGCCUUCCCUCCUCCUCCUUCUCCUCCACCGCCAGGGACCCUUCUGCCGCCCCUUGGUGUCUCUUGGCCCCCUUUCCGCCUGAGGCUCCCCUUUCCCCAUCCCCUCUCCCCCCAGACACAGCAGCCUCUCCUCCUCCUCGUCCGAAUCCUUCCUCCUCGCCCGCCGCCAGCAUGUCCCGGCGCAAGAUCUCCUCGGAAUCCUUCAGCUCGUUGGGCUCGGACUACCUGGAGACGAGCCCCGAGGAGGAGAGCGAGUGCCCGGUGGCCCGCCUCUGCUGGAAUGGCAGCCGCAGCCCCCCGAGCCGCUCCGGGGACGCCGCGCCCGCCGCCCCGCAGGCACAGAAGGGCUCCGAAGGCGCCGCCGCCACCUCCGCCGCGGCCUCGGGGUCCGCCAUCCCCGCCUCGGGAGGCUCCCGCCGGGCUCCCCGCCGGAGGAGGGCCAACCUGGACUCCUUGGGGGAGAGCAUCAGCCGCCUCACCGCCCCCACGCCUCAGACCAUAAAGCAGACACUCCAGAGGACACUGCAGCAUUAUGAGCAUCAAGUUAUGGGUUACAGGGAUGCUGAAAAGAACUUCCACAAUAUCUCUGACCGAUGCUCCUACACAGACCACUCUGGCAAUGACGAAACUGAAGAUGUCUCAGGAAUUCUCCAGUGUACAGCAAACAUACUCGGCUUGAAGUUUGAAGAACUGCAAGACAAAUUUGGGGCAGAAUUCUUCAAUAUCUGCUUUGAUGAGAAUGAGCGGGUUCUCCGAGCAGUGGGUGGCACUUUGCAAGAUUUCUUCAAUGGCUUUGAUGCUUUGUUGGAGCACAUCAGGACUUCAGUUGGAAGGCAGGCCACUUUGGAAUCAUCUUCUUUCCUAUGCAAAGAGCUCCCUGGAGGCGGCCUUCUGCUCCACUACUUCCACCCUCAUCAGAUUGUGAGUUUUGCCAUCGUGGGUAUGGUUAAGGAAGCAGCAAGAAAGAUCUACCAGCUAGAAGUGGAAGUGGAACAAAUUGCGACAGAUAAACUGGGGCCGGAGGACUCCAACCCAGGCAACUGCAGCUGCCUCACUUUUAUUAUCAAAGAGCACGAGAAUGCAAAUAUCACAAAACCACUUCCACUUGGCAUGUCCCAGUCCCCCUCGGACCUUCGGAUAAGCAUCAACACCUUCUGCCGAGCUUUCCCUUUCCACUUGAUGUUUGAUCCCAGCAUGCUGGUACUGCAACUAGGGGAAGGACUAAGGAAGCAGCUCAAAUGUGAUGCUCACAAGAACCUGAAGUUUCAAGACUGCUUUGAGAUAGUUUCUCCAAAGAUUGGGGCCACAUUUGAACGAGUUCUUCUGAGGCUGUCGACACCUUUUGUGAUCCGAACCAAGCUAGAAGCAUCUGGCUCUGAAAACAAAGAUAAGGUAAUGGAAAUCAAAGGACAAAUGAUUCAUGUUCCAGAAUCAAACUCCAUUUUGUUUUUGGGUUCACCAUGUGUGGACAAACUGGAUGAACUGAUGGGUCGUGGUCUCCACCUUUCAGACAUACCUAUCCAUGAUGCUACCCGUGAUGUCAUUCUUGUUGGGGAGCAGGCCAAGGCCCAGGAUGGCUUAAAGAAGCGGAUGGACAAACUGAAGGCAACGCUAGAGAAAACCCACCAAGCUCUGGAAGAAGAGAAGAAGAAAACAGUGGAUCUCCUGAUUUCUAUCUUCCCAGAAGAAGUGGCCCAGCAGCUGUGGCAAGGGAAGCAAGUUCCAGCAAGGAAGUUUGAUGAUGUUACCAUGCUCUUCUCUGACAUUGUUGGCUUCACUGCUGUCUGUGCUCAGUGUACUCCCAUGCAGGUGAUCAGUAUGCUCAAUGAGCUCUACACACGAUUUGACCAUCAGUGUGGAUUCCUGGAUAUCUAUAAGGUGGAAACAAUAGGUGAUGCAUAUUGUGUUGCAGCGGGACUCCAUAGGCAGAACCUGAAUCAUGCGAAGCCGAUAGCCCUGAUGGCCCUGAAGAUGAUGGAGCUCUCAGAGGAGGUGCUCACACCAGAUGGAAGACCUAUUCAGAUGAGAAUAGGAAUUCACUCAGGUUCUGUUCUUGCUGGAGUUGUCGGCGUAAGAAUGCCAAGGUAUUGUCUCUUUGGUAACAACGUUACCCUAGCAAGCAAAUUUGAGUCGGGAAGCCAUCCUCGUCGUGUCAAUGUUAGCCCUACUACAUACCAGCUUCUGAAGAAGGAAGAAAAUUUUGUCUUCAUUCCUCGGUCCCGUGAAGAGCUUCCAGAUAACUUUCCAAAGGAAAUCCCUGGGAUUUGUUAUUUCCUGGAGGUCAGAACUGGUCAGAAGCAGCCAAAGUCCUCUGUCACAUCUGCCAGAGUGAGAAAGAUUUCCUACAACAUUGGCACCAUGUUCCUCCGGGAAACCAGCCUAUGAGGCCCACUGCGGAUCAAAGACUCAUCAAAAAAGCACAAGCCCAGAACUGGGUCAUGACAGGAAAGAGGAGAUUCUUUCUAUUUCACUGCAUUGUUCCAAGCAAGCAGAAAAAAAGCUCUGUGAAAUGUCAGGCAAUAAUUCUUUUUAAAGGUGGGUGACUGCUGUCAGUAAACAAACUGGAAAGGGGCAAGGGAGGGGGCAGAGAUGUUUAACACACACACACAGAUCAGAUUAAACAAAAAAUGACUACUGUAUUGAUAGAGCUUCUCUUUGUCAUGAGAGUCAUUGUAAGGGUAAAAAAGGAAUCCAAAUGGACUUGAUGUUGAAUGGGAAAUGGAGACAUGUUCUCCUAAGCUGGGCUGACUAUUUGUGGCUAUCUAGAUGUUGGUAGGCUGCGAUUCCCAUCAUCCCUCAGCCACUAUGGCCAGGGCUGAUGGGGUUUGUAGACCAACAACAUUUUGAAUUCUUUACCACCAAUGCAGUGACGAUUUGGAGAGGUAUUUUUCUGAUGGAGCUGCUUCUGUAAAUCCAAAGAGGAGGAAAGUGAAUCUCAUUAUGUCUUCGAGCCACUUUGUCUCUCAAGAUCUGCUUCACAGGUCUAGAAAAACUGUAAAGCAAGAUUUUAGGUGAGAUUGGGAACUAUGGGUAAUUGAGGGGUGUGUCAUUUUGCCACUACAUUGAAUUUCAGCCUCAGUGUCCUUGGCAAAAUCCCUUGAAAUAAACUACAUGCUUAGUGCAUUGCUUCGUUCUGUUUGGAAUUGAGAGAAUGGUUGCUUUUGAAGACAUUGCUUCAUAUAUAUUGCUUUAAAUGCCCUUCAUUAAUGGCAGCCAAAAUGGAAAAGGCUCCCUUCAUGUGUAAAAUGCUUGUAAAAUGCUUGUAAAAGUUACAGCUGCAGGACAUGGUGGAUAAUUCUCUAAAAUGUGCACCAACUAAACCGAUAGCUCAGUUUUGGAUGCAAUCCUGCAUAUAAAAAUGGUAUUUGCUAAUGGUAAGAAUGCUUCUGAGUUGCUUUUUAAACUUAAAACUACUUCAUACAAAUACUGUAGAGAUCAUUUAUAACCUUCCUGGCAGAAGGAAAUAUAAUUCCAUAUAUAAUAUUGUAGGGCUUUUACCUAUUUUUAUACAUUUAACUUUCUGGACAAAACGCCACACGCUGUAACAAAUGUGAGGCUAGCCUGCUUCUGUACAUUUAUGGUUAUCUAUUCAAUUUUGACAGGUGGUUGCUAUCAUUAUUAUUAUUAUUAUUAUCAUCAUCAUCAUCAUUAAAACAAUAGAAGCUAUUUUAUUGGGGUUCUUCAAUAAUAUCACUUAGAUAUUUAUUUUUCUUGUGAGAUAUAUUUAUGUCUUGAAUUUCUAAACAAAUGUUCAGUAUUUGUCCUACUCAUGGUGUAGUAACAUCAGAUAUCACGCAAACACAGUUGUGAUAUCAUGUUCCAUUUUUGGUAUACCAUUGGGAGUGGAAAGUGCUGAUCUCCUGAAGUUCAGAUUUUACCCAAAAGAUUCUCUCACCCUUGAUAAAACUCCACCAAUAUUCUCUGUUAAUAUAGCAUUAUGAGGCACAUGUCUCUUUCUGAGCUACCAGGUCUUCAUCCAUAAAGAGACAUUACCUGAAGAUAUGUGGCUUGAUAUCAUACCCUCAUAGAGUUCUCAUUACAACUUAGGCUAUCACAUGCCAUCACCUGCAUUAAACCACCUUCUUCUAUGUGUCAAUAUCUAUUGUUACAGUGUUUUAGAAAUAACCACCAAAAACAUAUUUACCCUCUGAAACUUUGAUAUCCCAAUGUUAAAUGCCAGAGGAGAUGGUAUGUUUUCAAGUACUGGCAGAAAUUGGUUUCACCUUCUCAAAGGAUAACUUCUGUUUCCAUGUUUAGGAUGCAAUCCUAACAUGUUUUCUCAAAAGUAAAUCCCAUUAUAUCCAGUAGAGCUUUUUUCCUGUGUGUAUAUGUUCAGCCUAAGUCAGUGGUUCUCAACCUGUGGGUCUCCAGAUGUUUUGGCCUUCAACUCCCAGAAAUCCUAACAGCAGGUAAACUGGCUGGGAUUUCUGGGAGUUGUAGUCCAAAACACCGGGGGACCCACAAGUUGAGAACCACUGGCCUAAGUGAUCUUGAGGUCAGUACUAGCUGCUGAUUCUAAAACUAUAACCAAGCCGCAAUAUUACCAUCACAUAUGACCACUCCAGAGUAAUGGAUGGAUGUAUAAUGAUAGCUUUGAUCAGCAGGAGACCUUUAGCUAGACAUUGUAAUCUUCAUGUAGGAAUACUGUAAUUCAGCUUUAAUCCAUUAUUGCAUGUGUCACAGCCCCAUAAACAUAUGCCACCAUCAGCUGCAUACAAUCAUUGUAUGUUGUCCAAAAAAUCCCUCUGUGUCCACAGUGUGGUUUAUACUUGCUUACAUUACCAACAGGAUGCUAACCAUUGUAUCUCCACAAUCAAAGAAAGAGAGAGUAAGCAGAUACAAUAUUUCAUUAAUUAAAACAAAUAAUCUGUAGCCCACAGAAGCUGAUGCCACAAUAAAUCUUAGGAGUCUUUAACAUGUUGCAAAACUCUUCUUGGCUACCUUGAAUGCUGUAAUCCAAAACAAUUCCAGUUGAACCUUUAUGAUUUAUGCCCAGCAUGAAUCCUGAUGCCAGAAGGUGAUGCUUGGAAGCAUAUUGUACUUCUUUGUAUUGUGCCCCAGAGCUUUCUUGACAGCUAAGAGAUAGCUGGCAAAUCACUUCUGCAGCAGUAUCCACAGCUGAAUACUAAUCUGGAGCUGAACAUUCCCCCUUGUCUUACAGAUAAGCACUCAGGUUUAUAUUUGUACAGCUGUUCUGGCAUUAAAAGGGCAAAUAGGAGGUAAAGUUGGAAUCAAAGUUGGGAGGUGAGGUGAACCUCCUCUGGGAAGAGUGGUAAUUCUGAAAAUAAGUCAUACAGAGCAAUCUUCUCAAAUAGUAAGGUGCAGAUAGGUGCCAGAAGCACUGCCUUCUCCCAGCUUCUCUUCCAAUUUGUAUUGGCCCAAGUCACAUACAGCUUCAAUUUUUUUCAGUCUCAAGUUAUUCUCAUCCUUUUUUCAAUGGGCAGCUCCCAUUGAUCUUGCAACUUUGAUAUCUCUUAAACUAAAUCUGAAGUGACAACUCUGUGCCUGCAUUUUUAAAAAGUGGGGGUGAAAAAAAGGAACUUAAGUUUACUUGAACAUGAGGCUUCAAGGAUUGCAAUCCACAAAAUAUGCAUAAGAGGAGAUGGAUAAUACAGUUGACCUCGAUAUCCAUGGAUUCUGCAUCAAUUGAUUCCACCAUCCACAGCUUGAAAAUAUUUUAAAAGGUUUCCAAAAGUAAAUCUUUUUUUUCUACUAUUUUAUUUAAGGGACUUCAUUUUAUUAAACCAUUGUAUAAUGGGACUUGAGCAUCCACUGUAAUUCCUGAAAGCUCGUGCUAAUUAUAAAUCUUUAAAAAGUUAUGUUCUUUGACUUCAACUCGCAGGAGUUAGGAGUCAAGAAUAACUUUUGGUAGUUCUGAGGCUAAACUCUCAUUCAAAUUUCUCAAUCAGAUAUCCUCAUACAGUGCCAUUUUUUAACCUUGAUUCUGGCAACGGGUCCAGUAAAAUGAUUAAGAAUAUGCAGUCAUAAAUCAUCACCCACCAUUUAAGAGGACAAAAACAGCUUUAUAUUCUUGGGUAUUCAUAGGGGUCAUAUUUGCUUUCAAGUACUAAAAUUUCACACAAUGAAUGAAAUAUUUAAGAUUCUAACUUUUCCAUACAUUAUAGUUUUUAAAAAAUUCUUCAUCUUUCACUUUUAUCAAAGUAGCCCUUGAUGGUGCAAUGGGUUAAACCCUUGUGCCAGCAGAACUACUGACUGAGAGGUUGCCGCUUCAAAUCUGGGUAGCAGGGUGAGCUUCCAUCUGUCAGCAUCAGCUUCUCAUGCAAGGACAUGAAAGAAGCCUCCUACAGGAUGGUAAAACAUCCGGGCGUCCCCUGGACAAUGACCUUGUAGUUGGCCAAUUUUCUCACACCAGAAGCAACUUGCAGUUUCUCAAGUUGCUCCUUACACACACACACACAAAA